GUGCUGGGCAGUCAGGCAGGCAAGCACUUAUUGCUGUUCAUCCGACUGCAUCGCGCUGUUGCGUGCACUGAUCACUGGUUGUCUCCCAUCUUUCCCCCUCCCCUUCAUACCUCGUUCCAUCUGCUCGAUCACCACCCGUUUUGUCCUCGUGCUUGUCAAGACAUCAGAGGUCCUAAGUUGCCUCGCUCACACUAUCUGCGCCACUGAGCGCCAGACCUCACGACCACAUUUCUCACGCGGUCUCUGUUUUUUCUCACCUUCGCAACUCGGCCUACACGUGACGCACCGGCCGGGCAGUACUUGAUCGUACACGUCACGUCUUCAAACGCCAAGCGCAUACAUUCACGACACCUGCAACGAUUCCGGAAAGCAUUCAUGAGAGCAGCUUGAAGCCCCCACUACUCGGCUCAGCUGUCGUCACUACCACCGCAUACGUUUCCCUCCUCCGACAUGAGCGCCGAGCAUUCUACCGAUUCUUCACCUCCCACAGGUGCCGGUGAGCCUUCAACUGCCACACAACUCCAAUCAGUGGGAGAGCCGUCAAGAGUGCACGCAGCAAAGCCAUCCGUAGCAAAUGCCGCCUCCCUCUUUGGUGCUGAUGGCGAUGCGGAUCCAUUUGCGAGCAUAGCUGCCGAGCCACAGACCGUUGACGGGGCAGAUGCAGGUGCUGGUGGCACCACUCAAGCUUCUGCGUUGAGCACCCUUGGAGAAGAAGCGGAGCCAGCAUACAGCUCGAAUGCGACACCUACCGCCCUGCAAGUGCCAGACAGUCACGCACAUAACGACUCGCUGGCAAGUCCGUCAAGCUUGUUCGGAGAGCAAACAGCGAGCGCUGCUGGUGUCGAUGACUGGUUUGGGGGCUCAGCAGCACAUGCAACUGCCGACUCUACAGGCGAUCAGCAGGGUCAAGGUGCGCACGGUGCAGACUUGGCAGAUCCUAAUGCUUGGCCAUCCUACGAUGACUAUGCUGGACAGGGCGCACAGGAGUACGGCGAGCAGCACGAUGCUUACGGCGCCUACGAAGGCUAUGACGCGCAACAGGCCCAGAAUGGACAGUACGGCUCAUACGAUCCCGCACAACAGGGGGCGUACAGCGCUCAGUAUGGCACGUAUGAUGCAUCUCAGCAGCACACUUAUGAUGGUCAAUAUCAAGCCCAAGAGAUGCCUCAAUCGGCGCCGCAGAGCGCUCAGCAGUAUGGAGCGUAUGGAGUGUCGCAGCAGCAACAGAAUACCUAUGAGGUCGGGCAGCACGAUUACGGCGCACCUCAAGGUGGUCAGGGCUAUGCGGACUAUUACAGCGAAGGCUAUGAUGCUGCCGAGCAAUCAGCUCAAAAUUACACGCAGCAGGCUGACAGCUACGAGGCCGGCACUGGCCACCAGAAUGGCUACGAUCCAACUCAUGCGCAUGCGAACUAUGCAGGUCAGCAAUCAGCUCAAAGCUACGCUGCCGACGUGUACGGGCAGCAGUACACAACUGAUCCUGCCAAUCAGUAUGGACUCCAUUCCGAUUACGCGAGCAACGCUGCGUACGACCCAAACGCCCAGCAAGGCGCUUACGACUACUCACGAGCACAUCACAACGCCCCGCAAAACGAGCCCGAGGAGAGUUGGCAAGAGUCCCAUCGGCCACAGCAUGACCCAUACGCACCUUCACAAGGUGUGGCGGGUGCGUAUUCGAGCGACGGUCAAUACUACCACCCUGAGAAUGCCGAGACCAACAAUUACUCAUACGGCGCACAGUACGGCGAUGCGACGCUUGUUCAGACAGAUCCUUACGAUCCUCACAAUGGCUACUCUGCUCCUUACGCAGCAGGGCCUUCGGAAGUCCCGACACAAGACGUGGUAUCUUUACCGCCUUCGGCCUCCCAAGCUCCACCCAAGGGCCCUCCACGCGGUCCACCAAAAGGCCCUCCGCGUCGCAAAGUGGAGACUGAAGCGCAGCCGGCCAGCAGCACCGCAGAGCAAAUUCGAGAGCCAGCAGCCCCUUAUGCGGCUGGUCCUGGAUCAUAUGAGAACACAGGCGUGGAGCAGAAUCCCACGGAACUUGAUGGGGCGGCAGCUGAGAGCGGAGUGUCUGGUUACGCUUCUCCUCAAAGUUGGGCGAACAACCUGGAGAGCGCUGUGAGCCCGCCUCCACGGGCAAAUGCGUCCAGUAGAGGGGCCAAUCCUUCGACCAUUGAGGACCAGAUUGUGCCACAACCUCCUGCGCUUACCUUUAGCUCGUACGAGAGUAGCGGGGCCCUCGAGGGUACGCAGCCCAGUCAGGCCGUUGAGGAGGAUGCGGAUCAGACACCACCAGCGAACGUUGCGCCUCUGCCCUCGAAUGGCCCGGAUACGGAAGGAGCUGAGGCUGCUCUUCGAGACUUGGAUCUGGAAGGCACAGAAAGCGCAGAGGCGCGUCAGCUUGCGGACGAGAACGGCCAAGACUCGCACCACGUCUACAGCGUAGCAGAUCCUAGUAACGAGGCGUACGGAAGCUACGCGGCCGCCGCAGCUACUGCUGAUGAAGGAGGCUCUGCCUACGAAGCUUUUGGAGAAGAGCCUGCGACUGCUGACGGGGAAGGACAAGGCUCGCUGUACGAGCAGCAAUAUCAGUCCGGCAGUCAGUCACAAUACGGCUACGAGCACCCUCCUGAGCCUUACGGACAAGAGACGCACGUGUCUCAGUACAAUCCCUACGCUCCGCGGAAUGCCGGUGUGAAUGGAUCGUACCAAGACAGCAACGCUUCAAGCAGUGCCAUCAGCGAAGAUGGUGGUUACGGAUCUUACUCGGCUUUCCAGAACGGCCUCUCGGUCGAUGACCAGCAUGAAGAGGCGCCUUAUUCUGCCGGCCCGCCAUCCAGCCAAUAUGCGGCUUUCCGCCAUGAGAUACCGCAGAUCAACCACCCGAGCAAUGCUGGCGAGGACCCCUACGCCGAUGAAGCCCCGACGCCGCGUAGCGCUUAUAUUCCUGCACCUGGCAGGGAUGUCCCAGAUGGUAGUCAGACUGCACCUGUGCACAGUUCGUCGCAUGACCUCAGUGGUGCACUCUCGCCGUGGGGUGCUGGCGGCGCUCAGGAGGCUAGAGUGCUCACCCCGAGCUCUGGAGGUACCACGAUUCAGCCGCCCACCGCUUUCAAGAAGCGCAUUCGUGACCUGGACCACUCAAGCUCUUCGGGGAGCUCCGGCGCGUACUCGCCCUCCCAGCAACCUGCGUCGUUGCCGCCAAGCACUGCCAUGUCCUGGGGAGGAACGGAUCUCAACGGAAGCGACUCACCUAGCGAAAAGUACGGCAGCACCCUGGGCAGAUCUGGCACGGUCACUCAGCGUAGCGUCAGCUCUCAAAACCUGCACUCCGCACCUGUCGGGGCAACCGACUCGGCCUCAUACUUUGCCUUGCAGCAGUCAUCUGCGCACGCUGGUACUUCGCCUGGAAGCAUUGGUGCGAGGUCUUCGUCCGUCUAUGGAGCGAGCAGUACAAAUUUGCAUGCGCAGUACUCGUCUGGUCAUCAGAGGCAACCGACGGAUUCAGCUGAAGAGCGCCAACGGGCGCGUAUUGGCAUCGCCACUUUUGGUCUGGAUGGCAAGCUCGUCACCUUUUUGCCAAACGCUGCUGCCGAGCCUGGCACCGGCUCGGGCGCGGGCGCGGGCACACCGUACGGCUUCGGAGCGGCUACGUCGCGCAUGACCGUCCGAGUGAGCCAAUUGUCAGCUGCAGUGUCUUCGCACACCUACGGCAAAGCGCUAGACUUUUUGCGCUUUCCUGGGCCCCUCUUCGAUGGGACUCCCGGCGCAGCGACUGGUGGUGCGCUUUCGCGUGGAACUAGCGGAACUACGGCAGGCGCUAAAGCUAAGAAGACUGCGCUGGUGAACUACUUGAACGAAGCUGUCGCUGAGAUGGAACGAGGUGUGGGCUACCUGAAAGGGAGAAGACCUUCCUUUGUUGGCUCACAUGCUCAAGGCGCACCUGUGGUUGAGGAUGAGGAGGGUGGUGCUGAUGGGCAGCGCGCUGAAGAUAGGGCUCUUUUGAUGAGACUUCUGCUGGUGAUGCUCGAACACGAUGGUAACACGCUGAACAAUCCCACCUUCGAUUCUGCAACGCGCAGCUUACUGCUCGAAGGAACACCGCACGUGACAUCCGGGAGCGGCAGUUUCGGCUCAGCCGGACUGCCCUUUGGGUCCAGCCAAGGUCCAAAUGCUGAGCAGACGUUGCAGAUUCACAAGCUCAGCAGCGUCUUCCUCGAUCGGGUUCAGACACUCUUGCGAGCUGGAGAGAGGAGAGAAGCAGUAGCUUUGUCAGUCGAGGGGAAAAUGUGGGCGCACGCCAUGGUCAUUGCUAGUAGCGUGGACAGAGAGUUGUGGAAAAGCGUCGUAGAGCAGUUCACGGACUCUGAGCUGAGCGCACGGUCCUCGGCGGAAGGCCUUCCGCAGGCGACCGAGGACGUGGACCGCCACAGUCUACGCGUAGCUUACGCCCUCUUCUCGGGACAAGAAUCCAGCACCAUUGCUAAAUCAUUCCGGACUUCAGAAGCUCAUCAGCACGGCCUCACGAACAGCUACGACACCAUCAAAGCUCCGAAGGGUGCGCCUCGUUGGCGAGAGGCUGCUGCGACCAUCUUGGCGAAUCGGGGCGUCAGUGGCGAUUCGGCAGCUCUGACUGCUAUGGGUGAUGGGCUCCUGCAAGGUGGCUGGGUUGAAGCUGCUCACAUUUGCUACUUGUUAUCGCCACAAACAGCCGCGCUAGAUGGAGUGGACGGACCCGCGGUCAGACUCACCUUGCUCGGUGCUCAUAGCCCUGCUGCUAGCACGGACUAUCUCAGGGACUUGGACCACAUCUUGCUCACUGAGAUCUAUGAGUUCAUUGGGUCAUUGCGACCGGUAGCGAAGGGCGGGGAGGCCUAUCCAGGACUGCCUCACUUGCAGGCCUUCAAGAUGCUGCAUGCACAUCACCUUGCAGAGCUUGGCGACACAAAGGGCGCUCAAAAGUAUUGCGAUGCUGUCGCCAGCGUUCUCAAAGGAGGCAAGAUGUCGCGCCAUUAUCAUCACGCCUUUGUGGGACAGCUCAAGGAGCUGACCGAACGUGUGAAUGGAGGUUCGCAGGACAGCAAUGGUGCUAGCAGCGGCUGGAUGACCCGCAAGAUCUCUCAGAGACCCACCAUGGAUGGCAUGUGGAGCAUGCUCGAAGGCAGAUUUACCAAAUUUGUAGCUGGCGAGGACGGCGAGUCGACGGUCGACGCCAAGUCCAAUGGCAAAGGCGCAAGAGCGACGGGAAGGAACGAUUCUGCCUCUGGCACAAACACCGGUGCUGUUGGACCUUUCUCCCAUUACAGCGCCAUCACGCCGGACAACACAUCUGGGAAUAUCACACGCGUCCAGUCUUCUGCAGACUUUCACGCCUCGAACGUGUAUGGACCGGGCGCUCCGUCGGGCAAUGGCAGCUUGCCACCGUCCCGUGCUGGCUCGGCCAUGGCUUUCGAUAUAGGACAGACGCAGACACCCCUCCAGAGCUCAGGCUUCGAGACCAGCUACCCGUAUGGUGCGCCAUACAGUGCCGGUGGCUCGGAGUGGGGUCAGCCCCCUACGGCAAGCUCGCUCAAUUCGGCUUAUGCCAAUCCGAGCCAUACGCCUGAUCCGUACAGCAGCGACAGGGGCUCAGACUAUGGUGGGGGUCCCUACACUAGCUACGGAGCGACUGGGAACGCACCGUGGCCGGGAAGCACGGGAGGGUAUGGCGCAGGUGAAGAAGAGCCACGCAGCGCCCUGCAGCCACCGGAGGAGCCGUACUACGGAUACCAGCCGCACGGAGCUCAACAGCCGCAAUUCUUUAGCAACGUCGGUGGCGAGUCGUCCAAUGUGGUGGAGUCAGAAGAUGGUUUCAUCUCUACGAUGGGCUCGUCCUUUGGCGCACCGGUUCCGACUGCCUCAUCGCACGCUCAAGCCAGCGCUAGUACUGCUCGCUUCGAUGAGCCCGACGACGAAGAAGAUGACCUUGGCUUUGGGAAUGCGAGCACCGCAAAGAAAGCGAGGGAGCGCGAGGAGGCGUCUAAAGCCGUUCAAGAGAGCGAUCCUGGCAAAAAGGCAGACAAGGCGCCCGAGAGGCCCAAGGAUGAUUCCAAAAGUGGGGGAGCCCCAGCAAAGCCUGAAAUCAAACCCAGCGGCUCUUGGCUUGGCCGAAUCUGGGGCCGCAAGGAGGCACCUCCUGCUGCAGAUCCUCCGGGUGGGCACAAAGCACAUUUGGGAGAGGAAAGCGUGUUCUAUUACGACAAGGAUCUCAAGAAAUGGGUCAACAAAAAGGCCGGAUCCUCAGCGCCUUCGGCGGCCGCAACGCCUCCGCCUCCUCGAGCUCAAACAGCCUCGCCUUCCGUGGGAGGUCCUGGGGCCGCCAAGCCACCUUCCCGUACGCCAAGCGCCAUGAGCAUGAGUGCGGCGUACUCAGCUUCGGCAGGUCCACCAUCGAGCAGGUCUACGCCGCCGCCGCCGAUCAGCGAAGAAGGUUCUAGCAGCCAAGAAACGUCCCUACGAGGUCUGGCAGCUCCUCCGCCCUCGGCAUUUAGACAAAGAUCCAAUCUGGGCGAUCCCAACCUGCCAGCUGCUUCGCAACCGACCAUGCACCGAUCGGCGUCGAAUGCGAGUAUGCCAGGCGGUGGCGCUGGACCACCAGGAGCCUCAGCUACGCCUCCUCCACCCCCUGUUGCCACCGGCACAGUCGGUCGCGGGAACAAGAAACGGCCGAUUGCUAGCCGCUACGUCAAGGUGGAUCCGUGAUGGUCGGCUCGAAACUCGCUUGUUCGAGUAGUUGUAAAUGUACAAUAUGUUGCAGAUCCGCUCUUAUCACCUUGCCCUUGCCCCCUUGAUGCAUUGCCACGCUGACGCCAAAUAUGGCUCUUGCCACGUCGACAGACGCGCUUGCGUGGCAUGGUGUAAUGACGAUCACCAUAUCUGCUAUCUGGUUGCGAAGGCGGAAUAACUCGAUGACAUUUAGAUUGCG